AUGGUCAAGCUACGCUGCCCUGUCUGUCGCUCGCGCAGAUGGCGCAAAGAGCCGUCAAGUGGAAUGCUUGUCUGUAGUGAAGGUCAUAUUCUCCAGGGAUAUAGAAACGAAACUACAGAACAGGCGGAGAUACCGCAGCAUGCAAUGAGAACAAGGGCCCUAAAGGCACAAAAGAAGGUCACAGGCAUUGUGCUAAAGAACUCGGACCGUAGGCUCCUCGAGUUCCUGGCCAAGGUUCUUUAUUUUCAGGCCCAGCAACUUCUUUUUCGACUUCAGAUUGCCGCCCUUCAUGAUUUAUGGUCUCUCCCAGCCGAGUUCGAAGGAAUAUGCAAAGACGUUUGGAGCCUACACCUAAUGCUGCUUCCUAAUUCCUCGAUAGCACCUCAUGGAACCAAAUCAGAUGGUAAACCGUGCGAAUGUAUCGCCAAGCCCUUUACCAACCAGAUGAUAGAUAUACCCACACAGGAUUCAGAGCAACACUCCAGCGAUGAAGGAAACUCAUCAGUCGAUGAAAAGAGAGACAUUGGGGUACACCAAGGUGACGACUUGGCCAUGUUACUGGAUAAUCUUUCAGAUGCGAGCUCGGCAAGUGAUGAGGAGGGAAAUGUAGAAGAGACCCAGACCCAGGCUGAGGAGCGCCAGCAGCGUCCCAAGUCGAAGCCCCCAUACUGGACGCAUAGCAGACCAUCAGCCAACAUCGCAAUCUUGGUCGUCGCUUGCUGGAUAAUGAGAAUUCCAGUAAUUUAUGCCGACUUUAUCAGGCUCAUCGAUGACUACGCCCUCCCAUACCUUAAUCCCAUUGAGCGGGGUCUGCUUCCCGAGUCUAUGGUCAAACAUAUGAACAGAUCAAUCAAGUUCGAAGUGUCUCCAACACUCUCACCCCGCCCUUUGGACCUCCAUCACCUUACAUCACGGCUAGCAAGGAUAUUCCUGCAGAAUCAUCGGGUGGUAGUGCCAGAGGCGAAUGUUCCCAUCAUCCUUUUACGCUGCCUGCGAACGCUACAUCUCCCAGCUGUGUUCUAUCGAAUAAUUGUCGAGCUAGCAGAUCUUCUAGAACUUCCUCUCUCCCUCCAUCCCUCGCUGGCCCCAAAUCCUUCGACUGGACUGACCAGACAAAUUGGGGACAAUAUUCCGAUCGAGGUAGCCCUCGCCUGUGUGGCCACCUUGUCACUGAAGCUGGUAUACGGCCUGGACGGUCUACCCUACUCUAGUUCUUCAAAAGUCGACUCAACGAAGCUUCCUGAGAAAUCAAAGAUACUGCAGGAACUCUCGCGAGAUAACGACCGGUAUACCCAAAGAGAGAAUAGAACGGCUUCCGACCUUUCAAAUAUAGAAAUAGACGAAUACCUGGAUUUCUGUACUCGAGCACUGCUCUCAAACAUUUCGCAAGAUGAAGGAAUUCUAGAGAGGAUAUUCCGUCCUCCUCUGAAUCGAGCUGACCAAAUGCAGCCUUCAUCAUGGCCUUGGUUGAAGAAAACAGACUUGAUUGAGAAAGAGGACGCAUUGCACAACGCAGAUGACGAAGUGACUGGCACACCCGAACAAGCGCAACAAUACAGAAUCUAUCAAAGCAGUGAUACACUAGGCCUGCUUCCUGAAGAGUAUGGCCUCGUUGCAACGGUAGCCGCUCGCUGGUGUGGUGUGACUGCCGACGAUAUUGCUGUUGUCGUAGAACGCUUACUAGGGUCUGCACCAGUCGUACAAGGCUGCCAAUGUCAAGAAUGCAUUUCCCAUCGUGAAGAAAUUCGUCAAGCGGAACGUCCGACCUUGACCAAUCCUGGCGCACACACCAAGACUCUUCUUGUUGGUGCUGGAUGGGCCCUUUUCUCUGCCGUCCUUUAUUUUGUCUUGACCUCCAAGUCGACCAUGACUGUUUAUGAUCCGUUUACCAUCCUUGGUAUAAGCUCGAGUGCCACCGAAAAAGAAAUCAAGAAGUUUUAUAAAAAGCUCUCGUUGAAAUUCCAUCCAGAUACGGUUAAGCUUGCGGAAGGUCAAACCGCAGAAGAAGCAGCAGCCUAUUUCAUCGAGCUCACUAAAGCCUACAAGGCUUUGACGGAUGAGGUCGUGCGCAAAAAUUUUCUCGAAUUUGGACAUCCAGAUGGCAAGCAGACAGUCGAAGUUGGCCUCGCAUUGCCAAAAUGGCUCGUCGAUGCCCAUAACAGCGUCUGGGUUCUGGGUGCAUAUGCGUUGGUGAUUGGUGGUGUCCUGCCUUACAUAGUUGGGAAAUGGUGGUUCGGCUCUCGUUCCAAGACCAAAGACGGUGUUCAAGCCAAGACGGCGGGCAUUUUCUUCAAGGACAUUAGCGAAGAAAGCACUACAUCAACCCUCGUUCUCUCGCUUAGCAAGGGCUGUGAAAGCGAACUCCCACAAGUUUUGAAACUGUCCAAUUCCCUGUCUCCCCAAAUCGAUGCUCUGCAACGCGAUGUUGUAGACAGGCUUGGUCCCUUGUCGUCAAAUAUCACCAAGUUGCCAUCGAAAGAGUCCAAGGUGGCCUUUACGCUCCUCUAUGCACAUCUUCUGAGGAUCCCUCUCUCGAGCCCAGAGUUGCGGUUUGCUCAAAGGGAACUUCUACUUCAUGUACCAACUUUGCUUGGCUCCUUACUAGCCAUGUCGCUAGGACAUGGGUGGCUUCCCACUACCCUUGAAGUCAUGCAUCUCCACGGCUAUUUCACGCAGGCACUUAUGCCUGGUAAAUCCAACCUUCUUCAAUUCCCGUCCAUCACGGAAGAGACACUGGAGGGUGCUUCCACCAAUGACACCGAAAAGCUUGUGCAGAUACUUCGAGAGGAACCUCAGCGGGCAAAGAAUCUUCUUUCUGCUGCUUCACACAUUGGAAAACUGGAGGUGGUGGAUGCACAGUUCAAAGUGAUUGGAGAGAGAUUAGUCACUCCGGGAGCAUUUGUACAACUCGUCUUCAAAGUUCGACAGAUCUCGGUCAUGUCUGGAGGCUCUGAAUCGCAGGAACUCGAUUCAGAACAGCUCGCCACCGAGGCAAAGGCAGACGAUGCGUUUUUGAUCGGUAAAACAGAUGUUGAGGAUAUGCCUUCGUAUACUCCUCAAUGGGCGCACGCUCCACAUUGGCCAGCGAAUCGCAAGGCCGGAUGGUGGUGCGUUGUUGGAGAUCUCAAGACUCAGAAAGUCUUUGUUCCCCCAUUCAAGUUCACCGACGUCCCAUGGACCAAUCCCGAAGAACGGCCUCAACGCGAUUACCGAAGCUUCAAGAUGCAGUUCCAGGCACCCCAACAAAUUGGAGUCUACACUCUGCAUCUCACCUUUGUUAGCGAUACCCAUGUCGGGGAGGAUCAGAGUGUGUUCCUCACACUCAAGGUUGAGGAUUUGUCAGCGUUGGAUGCAGAUGAACAAGCCGUAGAGGACGAGAUCUCAGAUCCGGAAGAGGACACACUCGCCGGGCAAAUGGCAGUCAUGCGAGGUGGAAAAGUGAAAAAGUCGCCGUAUCAUGGAGAAGAGAGCGACGAAGAAAGUACCACUGACGGGGAUGAUGACAGUGAUUCCGACAGCAGCGACAGCGACUAG